AUGCCCCCAAUCCCCGCAGCGGAUCUCCAGUCUUUCGCUGAGUAUCUCCAGCGGAGCACAAGAAUCCUGGCUCUGCUCGGUGCUGGGCUGUCGGCGUCAUCUGGCCUUCCGACGUUUAGAGGUGCCGGUGGCUUGUGGAGAACCUUUGAUGCUAUGUCACUCGCAACGCCUGAAGCAUUUGAGGAGAAUCCAAGCUUGGUGUGGCAGUUCUAUAGCUACCGGAGGCAUAUGGCCUUGCAAGCCGAACCAAACCGGGCACAUUAUGCUCUCGCUCAACUUGCAAAAAAGAACAAAGAUUUUGUAACAUUGAGUCAAAAUGUGGACGGAUUAUCGCCGAGAGCAGAGCACUCAGCCGAGCAACUACACCUGCUUCACGGCUCCUUGUUUGACUUCCGAUGCACUUCUUUCUACUGCAAUUACUCAAUAAAGAAUGACUUUACAGACCCGCUUGUCCCAGCCCUCGCAAUUCCAACUCAAAGCGUAAGACCCGAACCAUCAAAAGACAACAAGACUGGUGAAGAAGCAACCAGGACGAUGUAUGAAGCAAUGGCAUCGGCCCAGAACGACCAGGAACUAGCAAAGGAGGAAUUGGAUAUAUCAGACCCCUUCGUUCCGCUACCGACUCUGCAGGUAGAAGACUUGCCGCAAUGUCCCGAGUGCGGAGGAUUGCUUCGGCCGGGAGUCGUUUGGUUUGGCGAAAGCCUACCUGCGCACACUCUCAGGGCAAUCGAUGAGUGGAUAGAAUCGUCGCCCCGAAUAGACUUGAUGCUGGUCAUAGGCACUAGUUCCAAGGUGUGGCCUGCUGCUGGGUAUGUUGACAUUGCACGUGAAAAGGGUGCUCGCAUUGCAGUUGUCAACAUGGACCGUAAUGACGCUCCCGGAGGGGUUUAUGGACUGGAACCAGGUGAUUGGUUUUUUGAAGGUGAUGCCAGUGAGAUAGUGCCAGAGUUGCUCAGAAGUCUAACUGGCGAAGUCUAG